ACGAAUUCCGUUUGUCAUCUAUUUUUGAGGAGGUGUCCUGUAGCCAUUUCGUUUGGCUUUCAGGUUGUAGUGUUCUCCAAUUUUUUUUUUUAAUAAUGUCUGCUUGUCUGCUUUCGCCCGUGAAAACCGAUAAGCAGAUAUUGGAGAAUUCUAUGCCAGAAGAUGAUCCUAACUGUAAUUCCGAUGUAAUCAAAGAAGAUGAUUCCAAACCAAGAUGGGGUCCAAAUCAUGCCGGAGCGAAGGAGUUAGCAGGACUUUAUACUAGAGGUAAACGUAUUCAAGAAAUGAUCUGUGUGAUAUUGUGCCUUACUUUAAUGGCAAUCAAUUUCUGCCAACUGAUGUAUUAUUUUCAACCUAGUCAAUGGAGCUAUAUCCUCCUUGCAGCCUUUUGUGGAAUAAUUACAGCAGAUUUUUUGAGUGGAUUAGUCCAUUGGGGAGCAGAUACAUGGGGUUCUGUAGAACUACCAAUUAUUGGAAAAGCUUUUAUUCGUCCAUUCCGAGAACAUCACAUAGAUCCAACAGCGAUAACACGCCAUGAUUUUAUAGAAACGAAUGGUGAUAAUUUUAUGGUUACCAUUCCAGCACUGGCUUACAUGGCCUAUAAGUUCUUCACUUAUCCUGAAGAGAAAAUACAUGAAAAUUACAUUGGAAAUAGUUUUCUGUUUUUGUUAGCUAUAUUUGUGGCAAUGACCAAUCAAAGCAUCCUUAACAAAGUCAUAACUUGGAGUUGAUGAUCAACAGUUUUUAAAACUUCCAUUUUUUCAGACGAGGUCAUACUAAACA